AUGACUUCGAGAAGCUUGCCUAUUCCUGCACCUCCCAGGACACCCACUCCUCCAACUCCUAUUCCAGAGAAGCAAGGCAGCGAUACAUGGAGACAGCAAGAUGGCACUUCACGAACCGUGCACUCAGAGAUCCUCUUGGAUCCAAAUGCUCUCUCACCUACGUUUUCAAACACAGGUAGAUUUGGCUCAAUGGGUACCCCAAUGUCUCCCCCUUCAGAUUUCUCUAGUCCAAACCUUCAACCAGACGGGAUGAUGAGUCUACCACCUACCAGAGGAGCCGCCAAUCCUUUCAACUUUCAGACUCAAACCAUAAAUGAUGCGCCAAUUGCCAAUUCGAAUAUUGGCCAGCGAAGAGGUCAUAGAUACAAACACAGUAGUGUCUCAACCCAACAUCAAAUCUUUCUCGAGCCACCUCCUCGAGCACCCCUCGCUCUCCCUGCCUCCCUACCUACCCCUACAUUCAAAGAAGCAUGGAGAAGCAUGUCCAAAGAACAAACGAUCCGAAUAGCCUGGUGUCUCUGCCACGCCCUAAUAUCCGCCUUCGUCCUCUACAGCGCGCAAGGCUCGCUAGCCCUCACCGCACUAUCCCAUCUUAUAUUCUUCGAUGCCGUAUCCGCCACCAUCUGCGUCGUGGUCGAUGUAUUCUGCAACUUCGAAGUAUGGAAACGAUCCUCGAUCCGUCACCCAUUCGGACUCGAACGCGCCGAAGUUCUCGCAGGAUUCGCCAUGUCCGUUUUUCUCCUUUUCAUGGGUUUCGAUCUCAUAUCCCACAAUCUCAAACACGUCCUGGAAGGACUAGGCGAACAUUCUCCGCACCACCCGCAUUCCCAUCAACGCGUUAGUCCCGGAUCUGUCGAUACCGCCGCUUUACUCUCGAUAGUAGCGACACUCGUUUCAGCAAUCGGACUCAAGAACCACGCACGAAUAGGAAAAGCAAUGCGUUUCGCCUACAUAUCAUUUCUCCCCUCGGUGCUCUCAAACCCAUCACAUUUUUUAACUCUCAGCUGCAGCACCAUCAUGCUCCUCCUCCCCCUCCUCACAAUCUCCCUCUACAUCUGGCUCGACCGACUCCUCUGCACCGCCAUUGCCCUCUCCAUGUUCUUCCUUGGCGUCCGCCUAGCUACGGCCCAGGGACUCAUGCUCCUCAUGUCCUAUUCCGGUGCUGGCGUAUCGGAAGUCAUGAAGGAGAUUGAAUCCGAACCAUCGGUCUCAACAGUCGAGGAAGCAAGAUUUUGGCAGGUACAUUAUGGAUUAUGUAUGGCGAAUCUCAAAUUGAGAGUCCGGGGCGACGAAGGAAAUGUGCUAAAACUGAGAGAGAGGAUCAAGACAUUGGUGAGGAAUAAACUUGGGGGUGGAUACGGAAAUGGUAGAGGCAUGAAGUGGGAAGUUACGACGCAACUGAUUAUUGAUGGGAAAUAA